AUGAAUAGUCUAUUUCACAGGCUUCAUCUUGAAGGCAGGCACCUCAAUAAACUGAAAACUGCAGAUGUUCAUCAGUUAUCUGCACAUUCAUUACAGUCCCAUAAAGAGUCUUGUGCUGAAGAUGAGCUGAUUCAGACUUACAUACAAAAACUAUUGAUGAUGGACUACAGAGCAAGAUACAUUAAAACUAAAGAGACCAAUGAGAAAGAUCACACACAACAAAGUGCUAAUGACUCAUCUGAAAUCGAGGGUGAUAUAUUCAAAGAAAUGAAUUUUUCUAACGAAGCAACAAGCCAAUCUGAUCUCAUUCACCCAAUGGAUGUCCAGAUGGGCGUGUUUCAUUGUGCUGAUGGUUUCCUGAAGCAGCUUAUGGUGACUAAACUGUCCCAGUGUCAGUACGCUCUGCCUCUGCUUGUUCCUGAUCCAUUCACACAACAGAUUGAGUUUCCUCUCUGGACAUUUAGACAAAUCAACAAGAGCUGGAAGAUGACAAACACCAACAAUGAAACCAUCAGUCAAACCCAGCCGAUCUACAAGGCAGAAACUCCAAUGGUGUCUUUCUUCAGGUUUGGCUCUGUGUCUUCAUCCAAGUCUCAGCUGAUGAAUAGUCUGAUCAAUGAGAAACACAACACGUUCUUCCACAGGAACUGCCCAGGCAGCAGCAGAACCAGAGUCCUGAUUGAUGGAGUGGUGGAGAUCGCCUGGUUCUGCCCCUCUGGAACAGUUGAUGAUAAAUUUACUGACUGUGUAGCUUUUUGUAAUCUACAUGGUGAUGCAGGAGACCAUGAGAAACAGCUGCAGAUCCUCACUGAAAUGGCCUCAGUAAAUGUUGUUCUUCUACCACAACUGGACAGGAAUGACAGAAACGCAGCAAAGAUCCAAAACCUGUAUAAGAACAGAAAGCCACUCAUAUGUCUUUUUACUGAGGAUGUUUCAGCUGCCACUGAGACCCGAAAAGGCAAAUACAAAAUCGGUUUGAAAGGAAGAAAUCAGUCAGAUGUAUCUGAGGAACUCAGAAAAACUAUAAAUGAUUGUCUCUCAGAAUCAUCUUCCACUUUCAGACUUGAAAAUGUGUCCAAACUCUCAGACAUCAGAGUAGAUGAGGAAAAUGAUGAUGACUGCAGGAGAGGAAGAGAAGCAGCAAAGCAGAUGAUGAGUUUACUGGGGAAGAAAGAUCAGACAGAAAUCAAAGAAUUAUUUCUACCUCAUCAGGGGAAACUGUGGCAACAGUGGAGUCAGAAGAACAAAGAACUACAUCGACUUCGAGGAGAUGAAAUAGAAAUGGAAAUAAGUAGAAAACAGACAGAAAUGGAUCAAAUACGUCAACAGCAACAUGAAUCUGACAUCAGUGAAUUUAUUAAGUUAUUUAUUAAAGAAAUGAACUCAGAUGCUUCAAACAAAAUGAUUUUUCUUAAAUGGCUCAGAAUUCUCCUGGAUGAACAUACAUCAGCUGAACUUCGUGAUCUACAUAACAAAUAUGAUGAAGCAUGGUCAAAUAUCCUAAAACUGAAAGAAAAAGAAGACAAAUCUGAUCUAAAGGCCCAAAAACAAUCAGAAUUUGAGAGAAUAACCGAAGAACUUCAAGAUGCAAACUUUGGUUUGGAGCACAUCAUGAGGGAGAUUGGUCAGAUCUAUGAAUCAUGCUCAUCUGUGAAGGAGAACAAGAAAGACCUGCAGAUUGACUUCUCUUCUCUCCCAAGUCUUGCAGCAGAGAUGAUGAUCUCUGGAUUUCCACUGGAGCUGAUGGAUGGAGAUGCUGCUCAUGUUCCUAUGAUCUGGAUCUCUGCUGUUCUAGAUCAAAUCAUCCAGAAACUGGGAGACCAGAGAGUCUUUGUGCUGUCAGUUUUAGGAAUUCAGAGCACUGGGAAAUCCACCAUGCUGAAUGCCAUGUUUGGACUCCAGUUUGCCGUCAGCGCUGGCAGGUGCACCAGAGGAGCUUUCAUGCAGCUGAUCAGAAUCUCAGAUGAGAUGAAAACACAGAUGAACUUUGACUAUAUUCUGGUUGUUGAUACUGAGGGUCUUCAUGCUCUAGAACUAGCUGGAAGAUCAAUAAGAGAUCAUGACAAUGAAUUGGCCACAUUUGUUGUGGGUCUUGGUAAUGUGACAUUAAUCAACAUAUUUGGAGAAAACCCAUCUGAGUUGCAGGACAUUCUUCAGAUUGUUGUUCAGGCCUUCCUGAGGAUGAAGAAGGUGAAUCUGUUCCCCAGCUGUGUGUUUGUGCAUCAGAACGUUUCAGAUGUCACAGCUGGAGAGAAAAACAUGGAUGGAAGGAGAAGACUACAGGAGACACUGGAUGAGAUGACAAAACUCGCUGCUAAAGAGGAAGUCUGUGAUGCAGAAAGUUUCAGUGAUGUCAUUAGAUUUGAUGUUCAGAAAGAUGUGAAGUAUUUUGCUCAGCUCUGGGAGGGAAACCCACCAAUGGCACCACCAAACCCAAACUACUGUGAGAAUAUUCAAGAACUAAAGAAAACUAUUAUGUCUCAUGCCUCAAAAUCAGUUAAAAUGACAAUGGCACACAUGAAAGAUCGUAUUCAAGAUCUCUGGGAGGCAUUACUAAAUGAAAGAUUUGUGUUUAGCUUCAGAAAUUCUCUGGAGAUUGCAGCUUACAAGAAACUGGAGACAGAAUACAGGAAGUGGACCUGGAGUCUUCGCAGUGCCAUACUGGAAAUUAAGAACAAACUACAUAACAGAAUAGAAAACGAAGCAAUUCAUGAGAUUGAGAAUACUGAUCUUCAAAGAGAACUGAAAAAGACAAGUGAAAAUGUGAAAAAAUCCAUGUCAGAUUUCUUUGAGAAAGACACAGAUGCAAAUAUACUGAUUCACUGGAAAGCAUCAUUUGAAAUCAGAAUCAAAGAUCUUCAGGAAAACAUUGUGAGAGAAACAAAGAGGAAAUUAAAUGACGUUCUUAAGCAGCGAGACCUGCAGAAAAAGAUUGAUUCUCAGAGGAAACAUCAUGAAAAUACUCUCUAUGAAAAGAGCAAAGUACUUGCCUUAAAACUCAAAGAGAGAACAAAUGAUGAAGAAACACUGAAGAAAGAGUUUGAUUCAUUUUGGAAACAGUGGAUGAAUGAGAUCACAAGAGACGCUCAUCCAAUCAAAGAUAUUGACAUAAUGAGGGAUGUGAGAGAAAUCCUCAGUGACAUCUAUGAAAGUGUUCCUGUAGAUCACUGGAGGAAGAGCAGGAAUAUUUUCACUAUGCCAAGUUAUUCAGACUAUGUACAAUUAAAGAAAUCCAAUGAUGAAGCCCAAAUAAAAUCAUUGGUCACAGAUGUUGAUCAACAGACAGACACAAUGAUUAAGUCAUUUAACAUUUCAAAGAUGGGCUACAACAUCAGCUACAUUCAACAAAUCACAGGUUACAUCAAGGCAAGGGUAACAGACCAUGAGGAAGGACGAGUGAAAUAUGUGUUCAAGAAUGAAUUCUUCAUGGAUUUGGUUCUUUCCAUCUGUAAUAGAGCAAACAAGAUGUUCACUGACCAACACAGACUGUUCAGGGAAGCCAAUGAUCCUUUUCUCUAUUUAAAGAGGAAGAGAGAAGAGUACUGCAGUAUUUUCCAGAAAUACUGUCAUGGAACAACAUCAGCUGCUAUUUUUGGUGAGAUCAUCUGUCAGAAAUUGAAAGAGCCCAUGGAGCAGAGUGUCUACAAGAAGACUGCCAGAGAUUUAUCAGAUGAAAUGAUGAAAAAUUGUGAAUCACUGAAUGGAAACAGAUCAGAUCUGGAGAAACGCAUCCUGAAGAAUCUGGCAAAACAGGAGGAUUUUGACAAAUACAUAGACUACAUUCAUAAUCACAGAGAUCACUUCAAGUGUUUCAUCAGAGAUGAAGUCAGUCAGUACAUCAAUGAUCAUUUCCGUGUCAGUGUUUUACCCAAGAUAAAGGAGAACAUUAAACUCCUGCAGCAGAAGAUCUUGAAAGCAGCACAUGAAUCCACUGAACAUGUUCAAGAGAACAGAGGAAAUGCUGGUUUGUGGUUGAGUAGUUUCACACAGCAGCUCUCAGAUUACCUGAUCUUCACUGAAAAAGACAUUAGUGGAGUGAAACUUGAUGAUGUUGAUGAUUUCAACCUCAUAGAAGAUGUGAUGAAGAAUAAAAUUCCUGGAGUAAUUUCUGAAAUCAACAAUCAUUUCAAUGACUUUCUUUGGAAGCUGGAUUACAAGGACAGACCAGAUGAGCUUCUGAUUGAUCACUUCUGUCAGUGCUGUUGGGUUCAGUGUCCGUUCUGUGGAGCCACCUGCACCAACACAGUAGAAAACCAUGAUGGAGAUCACAGUGUUCCUUUUCAUCGUAUUGAUGGACUCAAUGGGUUCUAUCAAGAUGGAACACAGAAUUUUUGUACAGAAUUUUGCUCCUCUGUAGUGAAAAGUUCUAAAUUUUUUAAAUCAUCAGGUCAGUGGUUUCCAUUUAAAGAAUAUAGAAGUGCAGAAGGUAUUUACGCAAAGUGGAGCAUCACCCCUGAUCUCUCUGAUUUGCCCUACUGGAAGUGGUUUGUGUGGACAUUCCAAAAAGAUUUGGAAAAACACUACAAUACAUCAUUUCAGGGGAGUGGAAAGAUACCAAAAUAUUGGAAAAAAUUCACAAAAAAUGAUGCAAUUAAAAGUUUAGAUGAAAACCACACUUUCCAGGAGCUGCUAGGACCACAAUGCAGUUUUAUCUUGCUUAUAGUCACUGUUAAACCAGUCGUCCUCUACUGGCUAAACGGCAGCCCUGCUGGACGGACUACAACUUCUCCUCCGACCAAACGCCAGCAUGAUGUAUCCUGA